CGUUGAGGGGAAAUGAUGAACACAUUUUGUGCAUGCAGGAUCUGGAGAUGGGAUCGGCUGACGGCGGGGGGAGCAAACUCCACCCAGCAGAUAGGAUCUCGGGCAGGCGGAGCGGCGAGCAGCCUUGCGCCGAAAGGGCUCAGGCUGGUUGGUCGGGACGCCUGACAAGUCCCGCAGAAAACUUGAGAGGGGCAAAGUCCAGCCUGAGCGUGAGGGGGGAGACGGCGUGGAAGUUAAUGUGUGAGAGCGUGCUGGUAACUCAAUCACAUGUCAUUUUAAAGAAAUGCUCCAAAGAUGGCGGUGGUAAUAACAACGGGAGUUUCAGGUGCCUCCGGAGUGCAAAAAAGUGGAUUUGUGGAGGUUUGGGUGCGGGAGCGGUGGCACAAAGUUUUGGUCAACUUGAACGAGGAAGCGCUCACGUUGAGCUGCGAGGAGAGCUGCGUUAACGACAGCGUGAACGAAAAUGUCAACUCCAACGGCGUUACCAACGGAUCUUACCUUGACAACAAUAACGCCAACUCCAACAACGGCCCCCAAACUGUGCGCAACGCGUUCACGGACCUCCCGGAGCGAGUGCCCGAGGCGAUUGCGAACAGAAAGCGGUGCGUUAAGGUGACCAAGCAGGAGGUCGGGGGACUUGGGAUCAGCAUCAAAGGAGGGAAGGAGAAUAAAAUGCCCAUCCUUAUCAGUAAGAUUUUCAAGGGGCUCGCAGCGGACCAGACACAGGCUCUGUACGUCGGGGACGCCAUCCUGUCCGUGAACGGCGUGAACCUGCGGGACGCGACCCACGACGAGGCUGUGCAGGCACUGAAACGGGCCGGGAAAGAGGUGACACUAGAAGUGAAGUACAUGCGCGAGGCCACACCGUACGUCAAAAAGGGCUCCCCAGUGUCAGAGAUCGGCUGGGAAACCCCCCCUCCUGAAUCUCCCCGUCUCGGCAGCCCUCCCAUCACCUCCUCCUCGUCCUCCUCUUCACCUGACCCUCCGAGCUCUCCUACCCAGCCGUCCCUAUCUCUGCAGGGCGACAGGAGGUGCAUACCACUCAAGAUGUGUUGUGUAACCCGAGCCAUGACCAUACCAGACCCCGAGAACAGACAACUGGAGCUGCACUCCCCGGAUGCCAGGCACACUGUGGUGCUGCGGUGCCCAGACCAACCAUCUGCCCUGUCCUGGUUCUCUGCCAUGCACUCUGUCACAUCCUCACUGGCACAGCGGGUGCUGGCAGAGGUCAUCCAGAACACAGCCAGGACGGGGGUAGCUGGCAGCAAAGAGAUACGACACCUGGGAUGGCUAGCAGGGAAGACAGAGAGUGAGAAGCAGUGCUGGAAGCCGGUUCUGGUGGUGGUGACGGAGAAAGACCUACUGCUGUAUGAGAGUCUACCACGAGGCAAGGAGGCCUGGCAGAGCCCUGCACACACAUAUCCACUUUUAGCAACACGUUUGGUUCACUCUGGCCCUGACCGGGGUUCUCCACAUUCUGGCACUGAGCUGUUCUUUGCCACACGGACUGGCACACGACUCGGCAUCGAGACUCACCUGUUCCGGGCUGAGACCACCAAGGAUCUGUCGCUGUGGACCAGACACAUCGUCAACGGAUGUCACGCCUCAGCCGAGAUGAUCAAAGAAGUCACGACGAGUUGUCUAUACCAGAAUCAAGAGUGCCGGCUUGUGAUCCACUAUGAACAGGGCUUCUCUGUGCUGGCUGACCCCAGAUUGGGAGACAGGGAGAGCUGGGAGGAGAGAGGCCCUCAGACACCCACCAGGCCCCGAGUGCUCCUUUCCUACCCCUACGAAAAACUAAAGAUGUCCUCAGACGACGGAGUUCGCAUGCUCUUCCUUGACUUUGGUGGGAAGGAGGGGGAGAUUCAAUUGGACCUCCAUUCGUGCCCGAAGCCAAUCGUCUUCAUCCUCCACUCCUUCCUCUCUGCAAAGAUCUCCCGCCUGGGUCUGGUGGCCUGACCUCUCUGAAAGGACAUUUCAUCUCCUUUGAAAACAGAAAUCCAGCUUGUUUUUACACUUCUCUGCAGCCCGCAUGCAGUAGUACAUCACGUCAAACUCCUUUAGUCGGGGACCCAAGCUGAGUGAAUGUAGCCUCUAUCCGGAAAUUGACCUUUUUGGGUCUUCAAGUUAAAGAAACACUGGAGAAACCAUUUGAGGUUGGUUUUGCUUUGAGUGAAAUGACAGAUUUUGGGGGGCGGGGGGGGGGGGGUGAUGAACCCUUCCUUUAAGGGCUGCAUGGGCUGAAGUGUUGAUUGAAGAACCACAGAAGUAAAACAGGACUGGGCUAGAAGCAGAGAGAUGACAUUCGGACAGACGAAGACAGAUUGGGCAUUGCUGUCACAUGUGUGAUUGGAAGGACUGGACACAUGCAGCGUGGAUGAGAAGAAUUCACUUUUAAUUCAAUCAAAAUGUAAUGGCAAACUGCCUUCCAUUUACCAAUUAUAUAAUUUAUUCACCAUUAGCUCUGAAAGGACAUUCUGAAUUUCACUCAGUCAUUUUUCUUCACCAAACACUUGACACACUGUGGAAAAACUUCAUGCAUUUGUCUUUGUUAGCGUCCCCUGAAAUGUCUUGUUAGUGUGGUGUCAGCAUUCAUCAUUGGAACUCUGCGGGCACAAUCACCCGCACAAUUACCCAAAACAUGACAGCUGACUCAAAUUCAAAAUGUCACAGUAUUCUUUUAACAAGUUGCAUGCUGUGACUAUGCGGUGGUCAAGGUAUUUCAGUGUUUGACUGAUCUGACAGUGAUCUGAAGUCAGUUCUGAUGCUUUCAAAUAUCAAAAAACAUUGGCUUCAGUCACGAUGAAUUACAAUAUACACAAGCAUUCAGAUUUCAUUAAUCACUCGUUUAAAUUCCUGGUGCUGUUAGUCAUUCAAAACCAGAAAAAAACAAUAUCCAACUCAUGAACAACCCGAGCUUAAUAGCUUGCAGCUGUGGCAAUUUGAGGAUCCAGGUGGCAUUUACUGUUGUGUUUCUGAUACAUACAACUUUAGUGUCCACAGAAAUACUUGUAUUACAUAUGCACUGAAGUUUAUGAUAAGGAUAAAGAUGCAUAUAAUUAAUUUAUCCCUGAGAGUACCAUAACCAAAUAAUGAAGUGAUAUUCUGAAUACUAAACACAUUUUGAGCAGAUAAUUUAAAGCAAGAGUUUGAUUUUUCAGGGAAGUUGGCUUCUUCAUUUUAGAUGAUGGUCUAUAUAAAGCUACAGCCAGUAGCCGCUUAGCUUAGCUUAAUGACCAACAACACAGGGAAACAGCCAGCUGGUUAAAGAGAAACUUUUUUAACCAUGACCCUAUUUUCUGAUGUUUUUGUGUCAAAGUGAGUAAUGGAGACAAAAGUUUUUGAAAUUGGUUGAGUGUUGAGAGAGACCGCUGCACUGUAAUCCCUAUGGGCAAUUUUAUACCAUGUCCAUUAAAAGUUCUUGUUUUUGCCAGGCUCAGGUUGUUAUUAGAAGUGUCUGACAACAUUAUGGAAAAGACCCUACCGAGAAAUGUAAUGUUUUUCCUUACAUUUCACUGAUCUGGUCUGUUUGUUAGUGUGUGUAACCAAGUCUUGCUCAAGGAGAAGUCUCAUUCUGAAAUCUCACAGACUUUUUCACAUCGUUCAGAUCAGCGAAAUAUGAUGAACUCUUCCUGGCAGUCCUCUCUCUAACUCUUGCUAACGUAUCCACCGUUGUUUUUCCUGCAAGAAGUCACCUCUCCUGAGAUUUCAGAAUGAGACCUCUCCUCGAGCAAGACUUGGUCACAAUAACAAACAGACCAGUGAAAGGUAAAGGGCAAAGGUAAAAAAUAUUGAAGUUCGCCUUUCAUUGAGGAGUUUCAGAAAUGCUAGUGGGAAGAUUUUGUUACUUGUGGACAGGCUGGCUGUUUCCCAUGUUGGGCUAAGCUAACUAGCCUCGGACUAUAGCCCCAUAUAUUUAACGGAUAGACAUGAGAGUGGUAGCAUAUAUAUCUUCUCAUCCAACUCUCAGCAAAACAGUGAAUGAGCGUACUUCCCCAAACUGUUAAACUGUUCUCCAAAGGGUCUGCAGUCUGAUCAGACAUGAUGAUACUGUUCGCUCCCAGUGGAAAAGGAACUGUUCAUGAUUAUAAGCCGGAUUUACUAGCUGAAAUCCUUUGAUACUCUUGUUGGAACUGAUCCUGUUUUCCUGGUUAUCUGACAACAGCAAACUUCUCUCUUGAGUACUUCUAAUAUUCACAUUUCGAAAACUGAAACUCAAUCAAACGGUGCCACAAUCACCUCAUCAAGUAUCAUUUGUCUUUCAUUAAGGCAAGGUAGCCAUGAUUGGAGUCUUCAAUCCUGCUUUAGUCCCGCAGCAGCCAUGGCAGUGCGUGUGUGUCUGUGUGUGUUUGAAGGUGCGUUGGUGCAGCCUGUAUAUGGGGACAUUUCACUGGUAUUGGCACUGACCUUAUGAGGACACCACUGACUUGUGAGGACAUUGCCCAUGUCCUCAUAAUUCAAACACUGUAGAAGCACUCGUAAGAAGUCAUAACAAGCGCCCUCACGCUUUUUCUUGGUAUGUCCCCAUAUGUGUGUGUGUACUGCACUGUCUCUGCCAUGGCUGGCUGCCAGGUCUUUCCUUGUGCCUUCAGAUGACUGAGAAGAAGACAUCUGAAUUUUGAAUGCGACAAUGUGACUCCUAUUAUGGCUACUUUACUUUUGCUUAUAAGUGCAGAAACCAGCAGUGAUUUUGUCUUUGCUUUCUUCUUCAUAUCAGUCACACAUUUCCUGUGAUCAUUCACACCAAUGAUUGUAUAUAUAGAUGGACAAAGCAUCUCCACUUCCUCCAAUAUUGCAAAAAUGAAGUAUGGAGUAUGGCUGCUGCCGUCUUGCACUGGUGACAUCAUUGGAGGCAGAGUCUGCCCAGUAGCGAUGUCUGCAAUAUCGAGGUCCCACCCACACACCUUUCUGACCAGUCAAUCAUGACACCACACCCCAUGGCACCCCUAGCAUGAAGAACUAUCUAAAAUGACAGAAACCAUGUUUAGGAAAAAUUAAUUUGACAUAUUUUUAGUUGGGCCCAUCUCCAUCCGCUAACAUGGAAGGGGCGGGGUUUCUGAUCUGUAAUGCAGCCAGCCAACAGGGAGCAAUCGAGGUGUUUUGGCUUCACUUUGGAGGAGCUCGUCCAUCUUUAUAUACAGUCUAUGAUUCACACACACACACACACACACACACACACACACACACACACACACACACUGUGAAGAGUGAUUUACACAUUGUAAUCCCACCACUCUCUAGAAGAAAUAUCAUCUGUUUUUUUGAAACGUAAAGAUAGUGGCAGUAUUGUAACACUUUUGUUCAGCCAAGAAGCCAGCACUUACUGAUAACCUCAAGUGGAGAGAAGCUCUUUGAGUAAAGGCUGCUUUGAUAUGUAGAAUACUCCGAUGCCUUUGGCAGCUACUGUACUGUCACUCAGAAUGAUAAAGCCUAGUUUUUAACUCAAACGGUGCACAUAAAUCAUCUAUUUAACAAAAA